AUGGCCGAGUACCUGAUUGACGAUGUCUCGCCCUACUAUUUGCACAUGGAAAUGUUCGUCACGACAAUUCGCGAACAGGCCAACGAUGAACAGCGCGCAUACUGGUUGCCUCUGAUCGAGUCUUGGAAGAUCAUCGGAGCAUAUGCGCAGACAGAAUUAGGACAUGGCAGCAACGUGCGUGGCUUGGAGCUCGAAGCACGCUGGGAUAACCGCACUAAAGAGUUUGUGCUGCAUAGUCCGACUUUGACGGCGAGUAAAUGGUGGAAUGGCAGUUUGGGCCGGAUUGCGAAUCACACAAUUGUUGUCGCCCAAUUGCUUCUUCCGGUCCCUGGGGCACCGGAGAAGUAUGUUUCUCAUGGUCCUCAUCCGUUCAUCGUGCAGGUGCGAGAUAUGAAGACCCAUCAACCAUUGAACGGAGUUGUCGUGGGAGACAUUGGCCCCAAGUAUGGGUAUAUCACAAUGGACAAUGCGUAUAUGCUGUUUGACAACUUCCGGAUCCCGCAUUCUGCUAUGCUAUCCCGAUACUCGAGUGUGGAUGUCAACACAGGGGCCUACACCAAGCCAGCGCAACCGGCUCUGGUCUAUGGCUCACUGACCUAUGUCCGGGCAAACAUCGUCCACCACGCCAGACUCGUCCUUGCGCGAGCGGUUACCGUUGCGGUGCGCUACUCUACCGUCCGACGCCAAUUCCAAGACCGCGAUGGGGACAAAAACGGACCGGAAAUGUCCGUGUUAGACUACCCAACUGUUCAAAUUCGAAUUCUUCCUUUGCUUGCAACGACCUUCGCACUUCACUAUACAGGCCUUGCUAUGCGCGCAGUGUAUCAGAACGCAAGACAGGACAUCGACAAGGGGAACUUCCAAUCCUUGGCCCACAUGCAUAGCAUGUCCUCCGGACUGAAAAGUCUGUGUACUAUGCUCGCCGCAGAUGGGAUCGAGACGUGCCGUCGUGCUAUGGGCGGCCAUGGGUUCGGCGGCGGAAGUGGUUUGAUUCAACUUAACAACGACUACCUCUCCAAGCCAACCGUGGAGGGUGACAAUUGGAUGCUCACGCAGCAGGUUGCGGCGUACCUGAUCAAGAAGAUGACUGCUGCUGUGAACUCUGUUGACAGCCCCGGUGCAGAUGAGACUGAUGCCCGGUUCAAGGAGUUUGUUCGCAACAAGCGUUCAGGCUCAGGGAAGCAGACAUUCAAUGUUCUAAACAGUGACCUGGAUAUUGUGAAGAGCUUUGAGCGAAGGGCUACUACAAUGGCGUAUGAGGCAUACGAACAAAGAGUCAUCAAGAAACAGAACUGGAACAGUCUCCUCAUCCAGCUUCACAAACUUAGCAAGGCGCAAUCCCAAUCAAUCCUAGUCACAACCUUCUUCGAAGCCAUUACCAUUGACAAGACCCUCUCGGCACCCACCAAGACCGUCCUAUUGGACUUGUACCGCCUGUUCGCAUUGUACACCGUGGAGAACGAAGGCUAUGAAUUCUUCCGCUGCAACGCAGUCUCCCAAGGAGACUUGGACUCCCUACCGAGUCGAGUUCAAGAUCUCAUGGCGCGGAUUCGACCGCAUGCCGUUAAGCUGGUUGACUCGUGGAUGAUUCCUGACUAUUUGUUGGAUAGUGCGCUGGGUCGCUAUGAUGGCCGUGUCUAUGAGGAUCUAUACAACCGUGCUCAUCGGUUGAACCCAUUGAAUCGGAUUACGUUCAAUCCAAACUAUUGGGAGGAGGAGAUUGUUAAGGGGAGUGGGGAUAAUGUGGCUAAUCUUUUGGCGAAGUUAUAG